GAUCGAAUAAUCGAAAGAAAACCGAUUGAAGUGUAUCUUUCUCAACACUUCCCAAGAAGGCUUCCUGCGUACCGUAUUCCUGGGUGGGGUUCUUGCGAGUGUCACAAACAACAAAAGAAACAAAGAGGUUGACCAUGGUGGGCUUUUGCUGGAAGUUCGGAAGCGCCUUUUGUGGGUUUGAUGACGACCCUGAAGAGUGUAAGCCUGGUGCUGUAUCGGAUUGGCAAGCCGAUGAUGAGGAACAGGAAUAUCACAAGUCGUCCUCCAAGAUUUCGGCAUUGGAAGACAGUAUCGCGGAAAAAUCUCAACUACGCCAAGAGAAACGCCACCGGUACCGACUAACCGUGUUUGCGAGACAAGUCAAUGCCACCGAAUGUCCUCGUACAUCGAAAAAGACAAAGAAAGAAAGUGACUUUUUGCAUCGAGUGCUUCGCGAAGACCGAAAGUUUAUCUUCUGUGAUUUCACUGACAAGGAGCAAGGCUUCAUGCUGGAUGUUUUGCGCAAGGACGACACGGUCAAAAAGGGAGACAUUCUGUAUUCUGCCGGUGACAUUGGAGAUUUCUUUUACAUUAUUGAGCAAGGCCAAGUGGAAAUUCUUUGGCCAGACAAUACCCCAACAACGACACUGAAAAAUGGCGAUUCCUUUGGUGAAGUAGCACUGCUGUUUGAUGUUCCAAGAGCGGCCACGGCACGGGCCAAGACAGAUUGUGUCUUGUGGAAAAUGCAUCAGCACUGUUUCCGAGGCAAAUUGGCGCACCAUGCCUUGACGCAGGAAGAAGGAAUCAUGGAUCUAUUGCGUCGUGUAGAACUGUUUGUCAACAUGGACGAUGCCACGUUGCGAAAAUUCGCCAAUGCCCUGGAGCUUGUUCACUUUGCACCGGACGAACGAAUCGUCAACAAGGGAGACGAGGGCAAGGUGUUUUACAUUAUUGACCAGGGACAAGUCCGGAUUCAUGCCAUUGGAGCGGGUGAUAGCAAACAGGUCGAUAUCACGUUGAAGGGUGGAGAAUGGUUUGGCGAGAGAUCCUUAUUGACGGGCGAACCCAGAGCCGCCAAUGCCACGGCACUUACGAAAGUCGCCGCGUGGGCAGUCGAUCGGGAUACAUUUGAAAAUUCGUUUGGUCCGCUACAACAAGUCAUCCAACAUGAGAUGAAAAAGAGCUUCUUGAAGGCAAUCCCAUCUUUUGCUCAGUCAGACAUUAACCCCUCCGAAUUGGAUACACUCGCUGAUAUGAUGCAAGAAUUGUGCCUCAAGGCGGGACAUCACAUUGAUGAAGUUGGAAAACCAUAUCGUCAGGUUCUUGUCGUUAUUGAACACGGGAGAAUCUCUCUCUACGAUGGCAAGGGCGAAGAUGGUGGCAAAGUUUUCUCGAUCCAGAGUGGAGACUAUUAUGGGGACAAACACAUUCGGGACGAACCGGGAAAACUGAGCUGCUACAAUGUCGUUUGCGAAGAAAACACCACCGUUUGGUCCAUCAGCAGAAGUGAGCUUUUGAGCGUGAUCGGCGAUCUCGACAGGUUGGGACAAUCAGUGUCGUUCGAAGCACAGAGAAAGUCAAACUACAAAGCUCGCAUUCAGCAGAAAGAGGUGGAGAAAAUCAAGGUUCUGGGGCAUGGUGGAUUCGGCAAAGUUUGGUUGGUCAAACACAAAGAAACAAAUCAACAUUAUGCACUGAAAGAACUGAACAAACGACAAAUCUUGGACAGGAAUCAAGCCCAGAAUGUCAUGAGAGAACGAGAAAUCUUGGCAACACUCAACCAUCCAUUUAUACUAGGACAAGUGUCGUCGUUCCAGGAUGAGACAAGUCUGUAUAUUUUGAUGGAUCUAAUCCGAGGAGGCGAACUGUACAAUUUGAUUGUAGGCACAGAGGGAAAAGGGCUUCCAGUUGAGGAUGCGGUUUUCUACGCGGCUUGUAUACAUUCCGCACUGGCGCACUUCCAUGCACGCUUGAUUGCGUACAGGGAUCUCAAGCCCGAGAACGUGAUGCUCGACAAGGAUGGCUAUUGUGUCUUGGUUGAUCUUGGAUUUGCCAAAGUGAUAACAACCAAGACAUUCACACUCUGUGGUACUCCCGAGUAUUUGGCACCGGAGAUUCUAAUGAGCAAAGGGCACGACAAAGCAGUCGAUCAGUGGGCUUUCGGCGUCUUGAUAUACGAGCUCCUGACGUGUCGUUCGCCAUUCUACAGGCAGGGAGACAAGCAGGUGGAGAUGUUCAAGCGUAUCGUUAAAAGUGAGUACAAAGUUCCGCCAACCGUCAAGGUAACUUCCGAAGACAUCAUUCAAAGGCUCCUUGUCAGAAACCCUGCCAAACGGUUGGGGAACCUGUCGAACGGCUCUGAAGAUGUCCGUGCCCACCCGUGGUUCAAAUCCAUCGAUUGGAAGCUGCUCAGAAAGAAAGAAAUCAAAGCGCCCUGGAUCCCAGAGAUAAAGGAGGGCGCAGCUGUCGCCGAUUCGCACAUCGACUUCUCGGAGGGUGCUUAUCAGAAUCUGUCGUUUGGAAGGGCUCUCACCGCAGGAGAACAAAGUAUUUUCAAGACAUUUUAGCUGUGGAAUCAAGUGUUCGGCUCCAAAUAAUUUAGUAAUCAAACUUUCCUAUCACGGCGGCGUACCGGGGGAUCCUGAGGCGAAUGGAUUCGAUUCCGUUACGACAGCCGUUUCCCUUUUUCAAAA